AUGGAACAUCGAUCGACAAACGAAAAGAUGAAUAUAAGACCUUGUUUUCAUUUUGCUAAUCGAUUUCGCGGUGAAACAUUAGCAGAAUCGAUUCAACGACACGAAUCGUAUUUAGCAUUGCGAAUGCAACUGAAACCAGGCGAUAAAGUACUUGAUAUUGGUUGUGGUGUUGGCGGACCAUUGAGACGCAUUGCAAAUUUAAGUGGUGCACAUGUCACUGGUGUAACAAUUAGUCAAUAUCAAAUUCAACGAGCGAAGGCUAUUGGUGUACCGGCUAAUUGUCAAUUUAUUCAAGGAGAUUUCAUGCAAUUACCAUUUGAAGAUAAUACUUUCGAUCAUGUUUAUGUUAUCGAAGCCGCAUGUCAUGCACCAGAAAAGGCUAAGUGUUUCGCUGAAGUAUUUCGAGUAUUGAAACCAGGUGGCUCUUUUGUUGGUUAUGAUUGGUGUAUAACUGAUAAAUACGAUAAAGACAACCGUGAUCAUCGUGAAAUGAAGCGUUUGAUUGAAGAAGGUGAUGGACUGCCUGAUUUGAAAUCAACCGAUGAUUUGGUUGUGGACUUGAAAACAGUUGGUUUCACUGUCGAAGAAAGUCGAAUUAUACCGGAAGCAAACUUCCGUACAACCGCUGUCGGCCGUUGGUUUACACGAAAUAUGGUUUGGUUUAUGGAGAAAACCAAACUUGCUGCUGAAGGUACCAUAGGUACACUCGAAAUUCUCGAGAAAGCAGCAGUUGGCCUAUUACGUGGCGGUCAAACGGGCAUCUUUACGCCAUACUUCUUUUUUAUAGCUCGUAAAUCUUAA